AUGGGUCUCAUCAACAAGGGCAACACUAUCCACGUCUCUGCGUCCUCCAUCCAGGACCAGAGAGUCACUAUCAAGUGGAGUCAGAGUCUCAAGUCGCGCAGCGAGGACUACUACGUUGCAAGCUACAAUGUCCCAGGCAGCGAUGCGCAAGGCGCGAUCUUCGUCCAGGCCAGCAAGCUCGACGAGUUCAAGAACAAGAAUAAGGGUGACAGUAUCACUGUAGAUGUCGAUGGCAGCUUUCAGUACGGACAAGAUAAGGCUCAGACCAGGCGCUUUCUUGUCUACCAUGACAAGAACAACAAGCAGUACCAGCACCGUUAUGUUGAGAACACUCUUACCUCCCUCGGUGACAAGGCUAAGGAUCUCGCGGGCGUGCUUGGCUUCCCUCAGGUCGGCUCUAUCGAGACUCAGCUCAGCAACUUUGUUGGUGACUAUCUCAAGGACUUCUAG